AUGGCGGAAGAAAUCUACGAAGAGCCUUCCGGAGGAUACAAGUUCACACCAACGGAUCGCAUAUUGAUUGUGGAGUACCUUCACAAGAAGGCCAAUGACGCUCCCGUCCCUCUCGACCUCAUCCCCGAAGCAGACGUCUAUGCUCGAGAGCCAUGGUGGCUGAGCUACGAGUUCGAGUACGCUGCGGAGAAGGGCGAGUUCUACUACUUCACCAGGAUGAAGCGGUCCAACGCUUCCAACGGCAGGCUGAGCCGCAUCGUCGGCGGGUUCGGCCACUGGAGAGCGAGCAUCGAACGGAAGAUUGUCACCGACGAGGAGGGUCGCGUCAUCGGGGCUCGUAUGGGUUUCAAGUUCUUCGUAGAUGUGAUCGAUCGCCAAAGCAACAAGAAGAGGACCACGGGCACCAAGUGGGUCAUGUACGAGUACAGGCUUUCCGGCCAUUUGGCCCAUACGCGUGGGGACAAGGAGGUGAUCUUGUGCCACUUCAAGCCGUCGGGAAGGGGCAUCUUCAGCAUCGGGCGGCAGCCUACCAAUCAAUACGAACUGAGCUCGGGGUGGCAGAGCGAGGAAGCCUAUGCCGGCACAACGCAUGGUGUUAAUCCCAGCAGUGACACCAUGAUCAAGGCGGAGGAGGCUGGCGGUUUCGCAGCUGCAUCUCUCGCUGCGACGCCGCUGGGGCAGCAAGCAGGAUACGAACAUUACCCCACGCUUGUGCAGCAAUCACUGCUGCCCUUGAGCGCCGCCGUGCCACCCUACGCAAGAUACGAAUUUGAUGACCUGCUAGAAUCGAUUGUGGAUAAUAACACCAGCAAACCUAAUGUGUCAGGGCCGGUCAUGCAAACUGCAACGGCAGCUUGCUAUGACCGCCGCCGUCCGUUGUCUUCUGCGCAAGGCUGGCUGGCCCAGAAUCCCUUGGUGGAGGGGAACAGCACGCCGUAUCACGAGGAUUCACCCAGGAAGAAUCUGACGGGCAGCAGCAACAGUGGAUGGACUCUGCAACAGAGCGGACAAUCACAAUUUUCUUGGGUUGAAGACAGCAGACACUGCUUUCGAAGCCGCCGUAUUGCAGAGUGGAGUCAAGUGCACUUUGCCAAUCCAUCUGAAACAAGCUACAACAAUGGGCAACCAGUUCUGACUAGGAGCAGCAAUAAGCAAGGGUCACCGGAGCCAACCGUCUUCAACGACGACUCAGGCACUUGA